GACCAAAUUUUUCCCGUUAGUCGCCAGCUGGCUCCCGAACGAAAAAGUUAAUUUCGAGCCCUGUGGUACUGGAUAAAUUUGUCAAAAUGCUAAUUUUGUGUUAUUUCACUUUCAUGGUGUCUAACCAGUGGUCAAGCAAAGAAUGCAGAUAUAUGGCAGCCCUUAUCGUGGAGUACUUCAUUGUGUCAGGACUAUAUUUCGAGAGGAAGGAAUCCGAGCUUUCUACCGCAGUUAUACUACUCAACUCUCCAUGAACAUACCGUUUCAGUGCUUGCACUUCACUGUGUAUGAAUAUGCGCGAGAAAAACUUAAUCCCUCGCAUGGAUACGAUCCAAAGACUCAUGUGCUAGCAGGCGCUUCUGCUGGAGCAGUAGCCGCUGCUCUGACGACGCCACUGGAUGUGGCAAAGACAUUACUUAACACCCAAGAGAGGAGUGCUGUGGGUAUUCUUGUUAGACCAGAGGGACAUGCUGUCUAUGUGAGCGGUAUGCUCACAGCAUUCCGCUCCAUCUACAAACUACGGGGCUUCUCUGGCUAUUUCCAAGGACUUCAAGCUAGAGUGCUUUAUCAGAUGCCAUCUUGUGCCAUCUGCUGGUCAGUCUAUGAGUUUUUCAAACAUUUCAUGCACUUGACAGAGACAGAACUCUCAGCAAUUUAAACAGAGAAAGAGAACUCUUGGCUGCGAAGCGUAAUGCCAGGUUCAUCUUCAACAGAAAUGAACAUCUGCAAUACAAGGAAGCCAUUUGAAGUGUUGCUUCGAGGUUAGUCCGUGGAAUGUCGCAGUAGAUUAGAAACAAGGAGAAUUCUUGGUCGCAGAGUGCUCUGCCAUUUUUCGAAUCUUCUGACGAAGCCACAGCAGUAUUGAAGUUACAUGUACAAGACAUCCAAGCAGGGAGAAUGGAAUUUCGGCUUCAGUGGUCAUAUGCCAGUUCCAUUGUUCUACUGCUGUGGUUUGAAAAUGUAGAUGGAAGUCAAACAAGGUGGGAGAGAGGAAUUUCGGCUGCAGAGUUUACAGACCAGUUCCUGUGUUCCUGUUAGUUUAAUUGAUAGCCUCGUAAUGUUAAAUUGUGCAUUGCAGCAUUAUCACAAUGUUUCUUUAGAAUAUGGUUUAAAGGAAUACAUGUUGUAGGUAGUUUAAAUAUUAAUGCUGGAUGAUUGUUUCACUCUGCAUUUGAAGGCUAUGGACAGUGUCUUCAAUCUAGAGUAAUGAUCUGAACCUAGAAGGAGUCUGUGACAGAGUCUGAUCAUUGUUACUAGAUUGUUACAAAAGCAAUACAUGUCUUAGAAGCUGCAAUUUUAUGCCAGAGUUUCACACGGAGAGUAUGUCUGUGUGUUUGUUUGCCAUGACAAAUCAAAGAUAAUGGUGAUGGACAAUGUAAUCAGUAUUGUUUAAAUUUAAUUUUGGGGUGGCUGCUCUUUGAGGAAGAAAAUGCUGUUACAGUGUUUAUCCGUUUCUUCUUCUCUUUUGAGGCACAGAUCCUGUCGCAGAGUCGAUGAAAGGACAGGACUAAAGACAUUCUCUGCUAGGUUUCUGUGCCUUCUGUGGGCUACAAGCCCUUUUACCAGUUUAACCAUUUAACUGGUUGAUGACUUGUUGUAGUGUAGAAUAAUUAUUACGGAUCUAUCCAGCCAUAAGAUGUUAACAGACAGUGUAUAAUGGCAAGAUCAAUUGUGGAGGGCUUUACCAGUUGAGCUCUGAAGAAUAUAGUUUCAAAAGAUUGCAUCCCUGCAUAAUUUGUGAAAUAAAACUACCAUAAUUGAU